GUCAGAAGAAUAAUUUAUAUACAUGCGGCUAUUAAAUUCCGAAAAUCAACUCUAUUCGCGUUAAUAACGCAGCGAUGCUCUUAGCGAAUAAUAAAUCUUCUUGAUGAAUAUUCUUGAUAAAUAUUAAUAUACAUCUACUCAGAAUAAUUCUUAUCAAAACGUGCUGGUUGAUCUAAACGCAUACAUAUUCAUCGUAGCUUUUCAAAUCUUGUUUACGUUGAGGACAAUUACACGUAGCAUUGUACACAUGCACGUAUACGUGUCAUUGUGUCUUUUAAAAACAUUGAUCAUCAACGUGCGCCGAUAGUUUAAGUAAAUUGAUUACUUUACAAUUUCAAUAGUCCUAUUAAUCCAACAGCAAAUUCAAUAAGGUGUUCAAACAUCGCCAACGUUUUUAUUCAUAAAUCGCAAUUCGACGUACGUUCUACGACAAACACCUUCUAACUAAGUAAUUUCUAAGUAAAUCAAUAUCUGAGGGCAACAUUUUUUUUUUUAUUAUUUAAAAAUUUUUUUAUUAUGUUCAUACAAUAAUAUUUAUCAUUCGCAAACGUUCGAUACUAAUUGGCUACAGAUACCAACUAUUCCUAUUCUUGAUCAUCGCGUGUAACCAUCUUACGUGUACAGGUAUAGUAAAAUGAUUAAUUAACUUGUUCUCUGUUCUGACUAGCUGCACUCUUCUGACCGGAAACUUAAAAUACAUACAUAUAGAAGUAGAUAAAUACACGAACGUGAGUAAGCACAUUAUAACGAGUAACCAAAUUCUCGGACCAUUUCAUCAUCCGUCUGUUAAGACGCUAUCUAAUCGCAAAGCAACCUAAAGAAAAUCUUCCUCUUGAUAGUCAUUAUUCUGGUAAGGUCAUGUGUUAUCUCGUCGGCAUUGAACAACCUUAAUUCCACUAUUCGUAUACGAAAUCUUUCACGAUAGUAUACGCGAUUAUUGCACUGCGUAUUAGUGCGUAGCGACACUCGAGUUCUGUCAUUCAACAUCGAGUGAAUCACGGAGCAAGAAAUGCUUCUGCCGCUCUCUCGAAAAGGUGCUUCGUCGUUAAAGUUCGAUAUAUAUACGUCUCAAAUGAAAACUUAUAAUAAAAUAAAUAAAUCUUCGAUGUUAAGUCAAACGUGCUCUGGAAUUCCGGUAUCAUAAUUUCGAAAUAAUAUCAAAAUAAUCCAAAGAAGAUAUCAGUGGUAGUGAACGAAGAGGAAGAAUUAAAAAUCUGAAAGGAAGAAACGUGUAAACUUUUUUUGUCGUCACGAUGAAGCUCUUACUACCGAUAUUUUUGAUGAUAUUCGCGUGUGGUUGGUGCAACGGGCUACGAAUUCUCGGCUUGUUUCCGCUCAAUGGAAAAAGUCAUUGGGUGAUGGCGGAACGACUGAUGACGAGCCUUGCGGAACGUGGUCAUCAAGUGGAUAUUGUUACUCAUUUCCCUAUGAAGAAUCCACCGCCGAAUUAUAAGCAAAUUUCUUUAGAUGGAACCUUACCGGCGGUGGUAAAUAGCAUACACAUGAAAAAUGUAACACGCUUUGGAAGCAUGAAUAUAGAGCACCUAGUACAAGUGACAGGAACUUCGGUUUGCGAAUUAUUGGCGCAGAAGGAAUUGCAAGACGUUAUAAAGAGGUCUAAGGAUCGGUACGACCUUGUUAUAACAGAGCUGUUCACCGCACCAUGUUACUUGGCGUUCGGCCGUCACCUAAACACACCCGUGAUUGGUAUAAUCACCUCGGCUUUUCACGAAUGGCUCAGCACCUUGACAGGAAAUCCGAGUAAUCCCUCUUUCGUGCCUGGAGUAUUCUCGUCGUUCGGCCAGCGAAUGACUUUUUGGGAGAGGCUACAAAAUACCUUCGUAACGAAUCUAAUAUCAUGGCAGAUAAACUACUAUCUGGACCAGCAGGCUGUUUAUGUGAAAAAGUUCUUUAAUAUAGACGCUAGCAUCCCGGAACUUUAUCAAGAUGUAGCGGCUAUCUUGGUCAAUUCGCAUCAUAGCAUAAACGGAGUCAGGCCGAUGACUACCGGGGUCAUCGAGGUCGGUGGAUUGCACAUUAAUGAAAAUUCGGAUCCGUUGUCACCGGAGCUGAAGAAAUGGCUAGACGAAAGUACACACGGUUGCAUAUUCUUCACGUUUGGAUCGAUGGUGAGGAUCGAGACGUUCCCUAAACCUCUUCUUGAAAUUUUCUACAAAGUUUUCGAGAGAAUCGCACCUGUUCGAGUGCUCAUGAAGGUGGCGCAAAAGAAGGACCUGUUACCUGGAUUGCCAAAGAACGUGAUGAUACAAUCCUGGUUCCCUCAAACGACUUUAUUCAAGCACAAAAAUGUAAAGGCGUUCAUAACGCACGGAGGUCUAAUGGGUACGCUAGAAGCGAUCUACUUUGGCAUCCCCAUGAUUGGAAUUCCUCUGUUCGGUGAUCAGAUCACGAAUUUGAGAAACGCAGCUAGUAAAAAUAUUGCCGUGAACAUUGGCUCUGUGGAGAAUAUCACGGAGGAAAACCUUUACAAUGCGAUUGAUACGAUCUUGCACGAUGAAACGUAUAGAUCGAGCAUCCAAACGAUAUCGAAGAUAUUCAAAGACAGACCCAUGAGCGCCAUAGACACCGCUAUCUAUUGGGUGGAGUACGUCGCUAGAAACGGAUUCGUUCUGCAAUCACCGGCUAUCCACCUUAACUGGUGGCAACAGAAUCUGAUAGACAUUUACGGUUUCAUAAUCGUCUGCCUGGCGGUUGUUCUCUAUAUCGCCGUUCUCCUGGUUCAAAAACUGAAGAACUGUAUAUUUGGAUGUAAACCUUCUAUAAAAAAGCAAACUUCUGAGUCGAAAAAGAAGAAAUAGUGUAGGUGUGAAUGUGAAUCUUUAUACGCGUCGUUUAUAUUGUAACUAUUUUGUACAUUCAACUUGGUUUGCCAAUCUUAAAGAAUAUUCUAUAACAGGUAUCUCCGUUAGACAUCUGUUUAACUUUUGUAAAAUAUUAAAAUACUGUUCAAACAUAUAUAAAUAUGUACAUAUAUAUAU